UAUCAUAACAGAGAGAGCUUGAUGCUGAGCUGAGAGACAGAGACUAAUGCUUUCUUCUUCUUCUUCUUCUUUUUCAACUCUCACAUCUCAUCAACUCACCUUCUCACCAGCAUAAUAUAAUACUUCCUCUUCCAUUUUUUACGGCAAAGUUCUCAAAAUUUUGUUACUCUUUAUCUUUCGAAUCAAAACCAUUUUUUUUUGGUUUUGUCUUGGGAAUAUAUUCUCUUCUUUUUUUCAAUUUGGGAGGAGGAGGAAUGCUAAAUCCGGGUGCCGUUGGUGGGUCGUCGAACUCUGACCCGUUUCCGGCGGGUCUACGAGUUCUGGUCGUGGACGAUGAUCCAACUUGUCUCAUGAUCUUAGAGAGAAUGCUUAGGACUUGUCUUUACAGAGUAACAAAGUGUAACAGAGCAGAGAUCGCACUGUCUCUGCUUCGAAAGAACAACAACGGUUUCGAUAUCGUCAUCAGCGACGUACACAUGCCUGACAUGGACGGCUUCAAGCUCCUCGAACACGUCGGUCUAGAGAUGGACUUACCUGUUAUCAUGAUGUCUGCGGAUGAGUCAAAGAGCGUUGUGCUGAAAGGAGUGACUCACGGUGCAGUCGAUUACCUGAUCAAACCCGUACGCAUGGAGGCGCUGAAGAAUAUAUGGCAGCAUGUGGUGAGGAAGAAGCGGAACGUAUCGGAACAUUCUGGAAGUGUCGAAGAGACCGGUGGAGACAGGCAGCAACAGCAGAGGGAUGAUGGUGAUGCUGGUGAAAACAACUCGUCCUCGGGUAAUAAUGAAGGGAGGAGGAAGCGGAAGGAAGAGGAGCAAGGGGAUGAUGAUAAAGAGGACUCGUCUAGUUUGAAGAAACGACGUGUGGUUUGGUCUGUUGAGUUGCAUCAGCAGUUUGUCGCUGCUGUGAACCAUCUCGGUGUUGACAAAGCUGUUCCUAAGAAGAUCUUGGAGAUAAUGAAUGUACCGGGGCUAACGAGAGAAAACGUAGCCAGUCACCUCCAGAAGUAUAGGAUAUAUCUAAGAAGGAUUGGAGGAGUAACUCAGCAGCAGGGAAGCAUGAACCAUUCGUUUAUGAGUAGUCAAGAACCGAGUUACGGUCCGUCGAAUGGGUUUGAUCUUCAAGCUUUAGCUGUUGCGGGUCAGCUCCCAGCUCAGAGCCUUGGUCGGCCUUCUUCACUCAUUAAACAGGGGAUAAUGUCAGCUGAUCAGAGAAGCACUUUCACCUUCGAAAACUCCUUGAAAUCAAGAUUCGGAGCUGGACAUGGGCAGAUGAUGAUGAACAGUGGUAAUAACCAGAUGAGUUUGCUUCACGGUGUUCCAACGGGUCACAUGCGCUUGCAGCAGCAGCAGCAACAAAUGGCUAGUAUGCAUGUAGCGGAUCAGCUAGGGCCAUCAAUGCAGCAGCAGCAACAAUCGAUGUUGUCAAGAAGAAGCCUUCUCACUGAUGCGUUAGUGGUUAGAAACAGCAGUAGAGUGUUACCAGCUGCUACACAGUCGGUCUUCAACAACAGCUUCCCGGGGAUGUCUGUUUCAGACACAAAAGGCGGUUCGUCAGCAGCUGCAGGGUUUGGUAACCCGAGCUACGACAACAUAUUCAACGACUUUCCACAGCAGCAACAGCACAACAGAGUGAACGAGUGGGAUGGGAUGGUCUUCAACUCUCAUCAGGACAACACAGCAUCAGCUCCUUUCUCAACCUCAGAAGCUUACUCUUCGUUUUCCACUCAUAAAAGAAAGCGGGAGGCAGAGUUAGUGGUCGAUCAUGGGCAGAAGAACCAGGUUUACGUGACUGAUGGUGGUUCGGUUAGAGUGAAGACAGAGACGGUGACUUGUCCUCCUCCUCAGGAAACAACAAUGAUGUUUCACGAGGAGUAUAAUCAAGAAGAUCUCAUGAGCGCACUUCUCAAGCAGGAAGGACUUCCAUCGAUAGAUAACGAGUUUGAUUUUGAAGGAUACUCCUUCGAUAAUAUUCUUGUCUGAUCUCACAUUUGCUCUUUUAAGAGUAGGCACUUCAAGAUUCUCUGUUUCUUCAUCGAAUGUGUUUUGCAUUUAGGGUUCUUGAUCGUCUAAUUUUACCACAGAUUAGCAUUGUCUUUUUUUUUUCUUUUUUUCCACAGAUUAGCAAUGUCUUUUUUUCCACAGAUUAGCAAUGCCUUUUUUUUUGUUGAGUCUUAGGAACAUUUGUGUAAAUUUGUUUUACUAUGCGUUGUUGCUUCAUAAUAAUAAAAGAUAAAGGUC